AUUUUCAUGCUCUUGCGUUCUCUGUCUUGAGCGAAACCCUUUUUCAUUCUCUGCGAUUACAUCUAUAGGAAAAACCAAAAGCCAUUGAAGGUUUUAUUCUGCAACAAACCCUAACUAUCCAAACGGUCACUCAGUAUUUCAUGCUGCGAGUCACUGAGUUGAAUCGGAUAGAAAUCUGAGUUUCUCGGUGAUCGGUUGACGCGGUUAUGGGUGCGGCUGGCUCCAAGCUUGAGAAGGCUCUUGGCGACCAAUUCCCCGAAGGAGAACGUUACUUUGGCCUUGAGAAUUUCGGCAACACUUGUUACUGCAACAGCGUUUUGCAGGCAUUAUACUUUUGUGUUCCAUUUCGUGAACAAUUACUAGAGUAUUACGGAAAUAAUAAAAGCAUAGGGGAUGCGGAAGAAAAUCUUUUAACUUGCUUAGCUGACUUAUUUUCACAGAUAAGUUCCCAGAAGAAGAAAACUGGCGUCAUUGCUCCCAAACGAUUUGUACAUAGGUUGAAAAAACAGAAUGAACUCUUCCGUAGCUAUAUGCACCAGGAUGCCCACGAGUUCUUGAACUUUUUACUGAAUGAACUAGUUGACAUUCUGGAGAAAGAAGCUCAGGCUGCCAAAACUGAUCAGGAGACCUCACCGCCUUCUGAAAAGGCUGUUAAUGGGCCUAAGAAUGGUCAAGCUAAUGGUGUUCACAAAGAGCCUCUAGUUACUUGGGUACACAAAAAUUUUCAGGGAAUACUCACCAAUGAGACAAGGUGCUUGCAAUGUGAAACGGUGACAGCUAGAGAUGAAACAUUUUUUGACUUGAGCCUUGAUAUUGAGCAAAACAGUUCAAUUACAAGUUGUUUGAAAAAUUUCAGUUCUACUGAGACGUUGAAUGCUGAAGACAAAUUUUUUUGUGACAAAUGCUGCAGUUUGCAAGAAGCUCAGAAGAGGAUGAAGAUAAAGAAACCACCACACAUCUUGGUCAUCCAUCUUAAGCGGUUUAAGUACAUGGAACAGCUGGGCCGCUACAAGAAACUGUCUUACCGGGUUGUUUUUCCACUUGAGCUGAAGUUGAGUAACACUGUUGAAGAUGCAGAUAUUGAGUAUUCUCUAUUUGCAGUAGUUGUCCAUGUUGGGAGUGGGCCCAACCACGGGCAUUAUAUCAGCCUUGUGAAAAGCCAUAACCACUGGUUAUUUUUUGAUGAUGAAAACGUAGAGAUGAUUGAUGAAUCUGCUGUGCAGACAUUCUUUGGAUCAGCACAGGAAUAUUCAAGUAAUACAGACCAUGGGUACAUUUUGUUCUAUGAGAGCCUUGGACCCGGUAACAGGAAUUAGACAGAGUAGUUCUACGACUUUUAGGUACUUAAAUCAUUUGGACUUUGGCUUUUUCAUCAGCUUUCCAUAUUUAUUUUCCUUUCUACCGUUUUCUCUAUAUCAACCUGUUUGUGGAUCCUUCAGAGGAUACGGGUUGUGCAAAUGUAUACUUAGGUGGUUGGCAUGUACAGUGGAUGGUGUAGCACUGUCCUUUUCUUUUUUCCUUUUUUUUUUUUUCACAAUAAGAGCAGUAUAUAUAUAUCGGGUGAAAAUUUCACCAACAAUGUGUAUUCAUGGUUGCAAAUGUUCAACCAACAUUAGAAACACAAUGAAAUGGGAAUUGCUCG